GUUCCGUUUGAGACACAGGGCACUGAGCCCCAUUCGGUCGCAAUUUUAGGGCUUCCGAGCGAACCUGGGGAAAUCUGUCCAGUGGCAGCAGCGCUUGCGCCCACGCGCACUUCAACCAAAAAUGCGGUGCAACAGCCGGAAUGUGGCAUCCAUGAAGGGGGGCGCGAGGCGGAAUUGCGGGACAGCGCUGCGACAGCCCCGGGCCGCUCCCGGCUUCCAUGGUCUUGAACAGCUCAGCCACAGCCUUGCUCGGUUCCCAUUUCAAAUCACAAAAACACCCUCGCUCGGGGGCUGGGGUUCCUCAUCGGUCACGGUCUCGUCGCCCGAUGUCACCCAGCUUCACCACUUCCGUCACACCGAAACACCAUUGAGCACCGGGACGAAAUCUCAGGAAAAUAAGCUGUCGGGGGACCAUGAGUUUGCGGGUUCUUGGGAUGCCACCCUGAUGCAUUGCAUUCUUUUUUUCUUCCCUUUUUCUUUUCUUUUUCUUUUUUUCCCGUUGUUUUGUUUUCAUCCUGCGCAGAGCAUUGAGUCUGGGAAGCCGGACGAGAGUGCAAACUCCGGAGACUCACAAGAGUACCACCAGAGUCUAAUAACAAUUUCUGUCCAAGAAUAUGUCGACAACGCCUCUCCAGAUUUCUCGACGGGGAUUCAAAACGGUCAUGAUCGUCGCCAUGGAAAACAGCUUUGUUCUCCCGCGCUUUUGCUAGGUCGAUCACCUGGCCGUCUCCGGGGUUGCAAAAAUCAAAGAUGUUGUCCAUUGGCCCUAGGUCUCGAGACAACGGUCGGGACUGCGUGCAGCUGAUAAGUGUAUCGCGCGGUGGUGAAAAGUGGCUCCGUCGAUACCAUCAUAUCAAGUGCAGGCGACACAGUGCGGCUUGGACGGUUCAAGGCGACCAUGUGGAAGAGAUCCUCGGGUGACAAUGCGGCGUUGAAAACUGGGAGAAUGUCAGUUCCGAUGUGAGCGAGGUUUGUUUACCGAAGGAGCCGUGUUCAUGUUUCCGUGUUGCAGGGAAAUGCACACACAUCUCUCUCAGGACAUCGCUAAUCAGAGAACAACAAUCACCGCUCCAUCUAUUUCUCCC